CCAAAGACCCCCCUCACAUCUAUUUCCUUCUCACACCAAAACUAAAACUCAAAAAACUUAAAUAUUAAAAUUUAAUUAAAACAUCUUCUUCUUCUAAUUCAAUGGCCACCGGCAAAAGCUACUACCCUCGGCCAAGCUAUCGCUUCCUCGGCACCGAUCAGUCCUACUACACCUCCGCCGAUUCAUCUCUCGAGUUCGACGAAUCCGAUCUCUACUCCUCCGCCGGCGGCUCCGUCCACUCCGUCUCCCCUCGCAAAAAAAUCUCCGCGUCCGGCAGAUCCGGGAAAAAACCGUCGAAUCGGCCGUCCUCGUGCGCCGCCGCGACGUCGCUCCCGAUAAAUGUGCCGGACUGGUCGAAGAUUCUCCGCGUGGAGCGUCGCGAUGAUCAUCAUCGGAGAAGGAUCGAGGACGACGACGACGGUGAUUCGGACGACGGAGGUGACUGGCUGGACGCUAGCGGCGGGAGAUUGCCGCCGCACGAGUUUCUGGCGAGGACGAGGAUGGCGUCGUUGUCGGUGCACGAGGGGGUUGGGAGGACGUUGAAGGGGAGAGAUCUGAGUAGGGUCAGAAAUGCAAUUUUUGAGAAGAUUGGGUUCCAGGAUUAAAUAUAUCUCGGAGGUCCCUCUAUUUUUGGUUUACUUUUAAAAAAAAUCAUUUUCUCUGGUUUAUUAGUAACCGUGCGAGAGAGAGAGAGAGAGAGAGCAUAUAAUAUUUAUAGAAAUGCCCUCGGUUUAUCGUAUGUUCUAGAAUCUUACCUAUGUAAUUUUUUUAAGAUUGAGAUAUUAUCACAUUUUGCGUAUUGAGUAAUAGAUAUAUAAUCUUUCCGGGAGAAAAUAAAACUUCUUUAUCGUU